AUGAAUAUUUCGGAUUCGCUUGUCUAUCGUGUUGCUACAGAAAUGGAUAGUGAUUCGUUAGCGACAUUAAUAAAUAAUGCUUAUCGUAGUCCAAUAGCAGAUCAAGGAUGGACUAAUGAAAAUACAUUGGUUCUUGUACCACGAGCAAAUGCAAAGAGCUUGUCAAAUAUGAUUCAAAUUGGUAAAUCUAUUAUGUUGAUGUUCUUCGGUGAAGAUGAUCAAAUUUUAAAAGGAUGUAUCUAUCUGUCACCUCAACUAGAAUCUAAAACCGCUACAAUAGGUUUAUUUGCUGUGCGUCCAGAUUUUCAAGCAAGAGGUUAUGGAAAAUUUAUCAUAUCUACUGCUGAAAAGUAUGCUAUCAAUAGUUGGAAUGUUGAAUAUAUUAAAUUAUCUGCUAUUGUUCAAAGACCUGAAUUAAUAAACUAUUAUACUCGUCGUGGUUAUAUAGAUACUGGCGAACAUGAACCAUUUUUUGGUCCACAUUUGACACCUAAAUGUGUUACGAGAGAUGAUUUAGAAAUUUGCACAAUGAUUAAAUGUGUAAAAAACGAGAAAGGAAAUAUAAGUUAA